AGUUAGAAGUGACCCAACCGUAGCCACUGCCCAAAAACCCCAUCAAAAACCCUUGUCGAAAAUCUUUAUAGUUAUAGUUUAUAGUAACCACGUGGCCACGAGAAAGACCUCAUCUCAACUCAACGCAAUGAGAAGAGCUUCCACUCUCGCCUCCUCCGUCCUCUCCCGAACCCUCGCCACCGCCCACGGCGGCGUCGGCGUUGGCGUCGCCACUUCCAUAGCCGUCCACCACAACCAGAGGCUUCUCCAGGUGGCGCUCUACGGAAGUAGCAGUAGCUCGAGGGGUUCGUACACCCGCUGGUGGAGUAAAUCACCGGCGCGAGUUUUGUCUCUCGGUGUCGCCGGGGCUUUGAUCUCCGUCGCCGCCGCCCAAGAGGUCCACGCGAAGGAGCCACCGCCGCCGGAACUCGUUCCCAAGGACGUGGUUCUUUACCAGUACGAAGCUUGCCCCUUCUGCAAUAAAGUUAAAGCCUUUCUCGACUAUUAUGAUAUACCAUACAAAGUAGUAGAGGUCAACCCAAUUAGUAAGAAAGAAAUCAAGUGGUCUGACUAUAAGAAGGUGCCGAUAUUAAUGGUUGAUGGGGAACAACUGAUCGACUCAUCUGCUAUUAUUGACAAGCUGGGUGGCAAGAUUCAUUCAGACAAAAGGGCUGAUUCAAAAUCGGAUAAUGAUGAAGAGAAAAAGUGGCGAGGGUGGGUUGACAAUCACUUGGUGCAUAUCUUAUCACCAAACAUAUACCGAAACACUUCUGAGGCACUUGAGUCCUUUGACUAUAUCACAAGCAAUGGUAAUUUUAGCUUCUCUGAAAAAAUUACUGUGAAAUAUGCUGGAGCUGCUGCUAUGUAUUUUGUAUCCAAGAAAUUGAAGAAGAAAUAUAACAUUACAGAUGAACGUGCUGCACUGUAUGAGGCUGCAGAAACAUGGGUUGAUGGUCUUAAUGGCAGGGAUUUCCUUGGGGGCUCUAAGCCUAAUUUAGCCGACCUUGCUGUUUAUGGGGUGUUAAGACCUAUCCGUUACUUGAGGUCUGGUAAAGAUAUGGUGGAGCACACUCGCAUUGGUGACUGGUACACAAGAAUGGAGAAUGCUGUGGGAGAGUCUUCAAGGAUUAAAGCCUAAAUUUUUGGUUAAUUGCGUAUAAAAGCUUGAACUGUUGUUUAACUGCUUUUAUCUGCCUUCCUAGAGUUUGUAGGUUCACUCACCUCUUGAGUAUAUUUGAUACAGAGAAACGACUGAGAGAUUUUACAAGAAACGUUCUUCUUCCUUUCAAUUAGAAGAUUCUGCUGUUUUGUGGUAAAAGAUUUCUUGUAAGCUAAAUUUUGCUAUUACAAUUGAUUGUAUGGAAACUGAAAUGUAUUUGUUACCACGGGUAAUGUUAAGCAAUAAUACGGAAUAAUAGAAAGUCAGGUGUCGAUUGCGAUACUCUGGCAGAAUUGCAGUUAUUCUGGUUUAUCAAAUUUGUAAAACAUUUACUAUUCCAGAUUAUGAUUGUUAGGUUUGGAUUGGAAUUAUUUGGACA